ACCUUGUACAAGUUAUUCAGUGUUCAUCAGUUAUUUUUCAGUGUUUAAAGUAAAUUAUCUGUUAUAUAUAUAAUUAUUAUGAAGCUCCAAGAUAGCUAUAAAUCAUUUGAAGAGUUCGAGAGCAGCUUUAGGGUCUACAAAGACGUGAAUUUUGUAGAUUUCUUUAUAAAAGACUGCAAGACAUUAACCUCCAUUAACGCGAAAUUUCCAAAUGGCAGAAUGAUGACAGCAUCCAGUGACUUAAAAUAUUACUAUAUUAAAUUUUGUUGUGUGCAUGGAGGAUGCUACAAAAAAAAAAAAACCCUUGACCAACGUUCUACAUCUACAAUGCGCCAAGGCUGUGAUGCUGGCAUUUACCUGAAGGCAUCAGAUGAUGGAAAAUCUCUAGUCAUCACAAAGAUGACUGAGGACCACAACCAUGAGGUUUCCAAGAUAUUGUAUGAUCAUCUCCCUAACCAAAGGAAAAUAACCCCCGAAAAUAAGGCCACCGUAUUGGAGCUUAUGGACCUCAAAGCAAAUAAAAAAAUGAUUCAACAUAAAAUAAUGAACGAAAGUGGGAAGAUUGUUACUUUAAAAGACUUAUCAAAUAUUCAUACUACAGGCAGAAAUAAUGAUUCAAAGAACAAUUUAGUGGAGGUUGUUAAUAAAUUAAAGACCAAAUUUAAUUGUAUUGUUGAAAUAUCAACAGAUGAGUCAAAUAACCUCAAUGGUGUUUUUAUACAGGACAGAUUCAUGACUGAAUCGUUUGAAGCAUUUCCUGAAGUAGUUUUUGCAGAUGCUACUUACAAACUGCUCGACUUAAGAUUGCCAGUAUAUGUGUUAAUGACGGAGGAUGGCAACGGACAGAGCGAAAUUGCAGCAAUUGGCUUAUUAGUGAACGAGGAAGAAGUUACCUUGCGCUGGUUUUUUGAAACUUUUAAAAAAAAAAACCCAAUUUCGGCACAAACUCGGGUGUAUGUAACGGACAAGGACAUGAAGGAAAGAAAUGUUAUCAGUAAAUGGUUUUGCCCCAGGUGUCGUGGAGAUCGUCCAAAUAAGAUAAAACCUAAAGCCUAAACCUAAAGAUUUAUUAUUUUUUAUUAUUAUUUAUUAUUUAUUAUUUUAUUAUGACUAUCGGUUUCGUAUAGCCGAUUACAGUGAAUUAUUAUUAUAUUAUAAUUACCUAUAAGGAUUAACGAUUUGUCAAUCAUUGACAUUAAAUGUAAAAAUUUAAAUUAAAUAUUUUGUAUGUAUUAACUUACUGUUUAUUAUUAUAUAACUAUCGGUUUCGUAUAGCUGAUUACUGUGAUUUAUUAUUUUAUUAUAAUUGUAUGUAUUAACUAAUAAAAAAAAAAUAACUAAUACCUAACUAAUAACUAAUAACUUACUAUAACAAAAUUAAAGUUAUAGAACAAUGUAUUUCUAUUUUCUUCGUAUUAUUAUUGUUCUGUGGUAUUAUCAUAUUUUCAUAUUUACAGUGUGACCCGGCGCUCUACAGUGUAACCGGGCGCCCGGUACUCUAUUACAUGUCCGGGCGCCCGGCGCUCUACAGUGUAACCGGGC